GACUAUGGCUCCGGCAACAGCAGAGGCAGAGAAGGGCUCUCCGGUGGUGGUGGGGCUGCUGGUCGUGGGCAACAUCGUCAUUCUGCUGUCAGGCCUGGCCCUGUUCGCCGAGACGGUGUGGGUGACAGCCGACCAGUACCGCGUGUACCCGCUGAUGGGCGUCUCAGGCAAGGACGACGUCUUCGCUGGCGCCUGGAUCGCCAUCUUCUGCGGCUUCUCCUUCUUCGUGGUGGCCAGCUUCGGCGUGGGCGCAGCACUCUGCCGCCGCCGGUCCAUGAUCCUCACGUACCUGCUGCUCAUGCUUGUCGUCUACAUCUUUGAGUGCGCCUCCUGCAUCACGUCCUACACCCACCGCGACUACAUGGUGUCCAACCCAUCCCUGAUCACCAAGCAGAUGCUGACCUUCUACAGUGCAGACACCGACCAGGGCCAGGAACUCACCCGCCUCUGGGACCGCAUCAUGACUGAGCAACACUGCUGCGGCACCUCUGGCCCCAUGGACUGGGUGAACUUCACAUCGGCCUUCCGGGCGGCCACUCCGGAGGUGGUGUUCCCCUGGCCCCCACUGUGCUGUCGCCGGACAGGAAACUUCAUCCCCCUCAACGAAGAGGGCUGCCGCCUGGGCCACGUGGACUACCUGUUCACCAAGGGCUGCUUUGAGCACAUCGGCCAUGCCAUCGACAGCUACACAUGGGGCAUAUCGUGGUUUGGGUUUGCCAUCCUGAUGUGGACGCUUCCAGUGAUGCUGUUAGCCAUGUAUUUCUACACCACGCUCUGAGGAACAAGAAGGGAAGGCCAUGUUCACAGCUCAGCCUCCCCCGCCUCCUGCUCAGCCAGGGCCUGGAUAGCCACCUCACCUCUCCGCUUCCCUCCUGUCACCCCCAAG